AUGAAACGACUCGGGUACGGCCGCUCUAAAUCCCUCUCCCCAAAUUUUCCCCCACCCAUUCUCAUGGCGCCGCCACCCAAGCUGAAGCGACUCGGGUACGGCCUGUGUUCCCCCCACCCUAUCGACUCCCCCCUCCCCCCCCUCUCCCCAGUCUUCCCCACAGCUCUCCUCUACAACAGCCCCCCCCCCCCUCCCCAAUUCCCCCCUCACCUUCCCCCAAUCUUCCCCCCUCACCUCCCCCCAAUCUUCCCCCCUCACCUCCCCCCAAUCUUCCCCCCUCACCUCCCCCCAAUCUUCCCCCCUCACCUCCCCCCAAUCUUCCCCCCUCACCUCCCCCCAAUCUUCCCCCCUCACCUCCCCCCAAUCUUCCCCCCUCACCUCCCCCCAAUCUUCCCCCCUCACCUCCCCCCAAUCUUCCCCCCUCACCUCCCCCCAAUCUUCCCCCCUCACCUCCCCCCAAUCUUCCCCCCUCACCUCCCCCCAAUCUUCCCCCCUCACCUCCCCCCAAUCUUCCUCAACUGUCAUGGCGUCGCCACCCAAGCCAAAACGACUCGGGCAGGGCUUUCGACUCAAAAACAAACCGCCAUCCCCUCUGUUCUUAUUCUUUCAAAUGCUGGCCCCUUUCCGAUGCUCUCCUCCCCCCGCCUCUCCCAUGCACCUCCCGCCUCUCCCAUGCACCUCCCGCCUCUCCCAUGCACCUCCCGCCUCUCCCAUGAACCUACCGCCUCUCACAUGCACCUCCCUGCCUCUCCCAUGCACCUCCCCGCCUCUCCCAUGCACCUCCCCGCCUCUCCCAUGCACCUCCCCGCCUCUCACAUGCACCUCCCCGCCUCUCACAUGCACCUCCCGCCUCUCACAUGCACCUCCCCGCCUCUCCCAUGCACCUCCCCGCCUCUCCCAUGCACCUCCCCGCCUCUCACAUGCACCUCCCGCCUCUCACAUGCACCUCCCCGCCUCUCACAUGCACCUCCCGCCUCUCACAUGCACCCCCCUCCGCUCACGGAUUUUUUCCAUUCCCAAGUUCACCUUUCAUCCCCAAUCCUCACAUUUCUCCUUGUCUUCCCUGCUGUCAAUGAGUUCCCUCCGCCCUUCCUCCCCUCUCCCCUCCUCCUAUCCACCCACCCCCAGGUGGGACUUCCACAUCUGGCAGGCAAUCGCUGCCUGCAUGCCUUGGUUAGGUGGGACUUCCACAUCUGGCAGGCGAUCGUUGCGUGCAUGCCCCCUCUAGCGGUGUAUCUGACCGUGCAAUAUGCCAAAGCAGAGAUUGCAAGGAUGGAAAAGGAGCUUCAGGCAGAAGAGGCAUCCGCAGUUAAGGGGAGUGAGGGUGAUGGAGGGAGGCAGGAAGGUGCGGAAACAGCUACAGCUGACUUGUCACCAGCUCGCAAAAAUGUCACCACGGGGCACAGUGACGUGGCAUCUGCUGGGGUGGCAUCUGCUGAUGUGGCAACUGUUGACGUGGCGUCGCUGCAGCGCCAGCUGGCGGCGCUGGCCAGUCAGGUGCAGCAACUGCAGGGAUUGGCCCCCUGUGGUUCAGUUGCCACGGUUUGCACUGUAUUCCCCAUACAUUCCGUUCACUCUCCGCCGUCCAGCAGCGCGGCAGCUUGGGGGGGAAACUGGGGCGGAAGGGUGGGUGCGGCUAGCUGGCAGCUGCGUGACGGGGGCAUCGCCUGA